AUAUUACCAACAGUAUGCUUGACACUCAUCGAACCGGGAAAGUAGAGCGGUCGACAUUUAUGUGUGCCUGUGAACCUCCGUCAAGGGGCGUCGAAAGCAGCUGAUAAUUGAUGCGGAGGGCUUUUUGCUCUGUUGACCUUAUCCAGGAAAUGACGGCACUAACAUUCGGCUUGACAUUUGUUCGACAUGGAGAAACCCAGUAUAAUAAAGAUGGCCUGCUACAAGGCCAGGCCAUAGACUGUCCGCUGUCUGAGGAGGGGCUGCAGCAGGCCGAAUCUGCAGGUCGCUACCUGAAAGAUGUCAAGUUCUCCAACCUGUUUGUCAGUGACAUGCUGCGAGCGCGACAGACUGCCGAAACUAUUGUGAAACACAACAGUAGUUGCGCUGGUCUACAACUGGUCUGUGAGCCUCUACUUAAAGAGAAGAGCUUUGGGAUAGCCGAGGGUAAGCCAGUGCAGGAGUUGAAAGAUAUGGCCAAAGCUGCCGGUCAGUCUUUAGCUGUCUUUACACCUCCUCAAGGGGAAACUCAAGAGCAGGUGAAGCAGCGCGUCAAAGAGUUUUGGCUCAAAAUGGUCCAACAAGUCGGGGGGGAACACUGGCCCAACAGAGGGGAGAACGACGAGCGCUCUUCAGCGCCUCACGUAGAAGGCGAGGAGGCGGACAAUCUUCCUGUCCACGUGCUGGUGGUCUCCCAUGGGGGCUACUUGUCCGUAACUAUGCGCUCCCUUGUGGAUGAUUUACACUGCCCCCUACCCGAAGGCUAUAGCAGAGCACGCAUGUUCUCGUUGAGUCCCAACGCAGGUGUGAGUCGCUUUGUGCUCACCUUGACGAAAGACAACAAUGCUUUUGAAGUGUCUAAGAUUCAAUGCUUGUUCGUCAAUAAGGGAGAUCAUGUAAAAACAUAGCUAAGGCGUGAUAGAAAUGUCACGGGAAUACUACUGUUUUGUCUGUUAAGGCCACACUCAAAAAGAAAAGCAAUUGUGAGGAAAAUAAGUCAUGAAGGAUAAAAAGUGUCAGUCCUAAUUUCAACGUUAUAAAGAUCAGUUCCUACAAAUACAUUUUGGUUUGACGACAUUAAAAAGCAGAAACCAGAUAACUUCUUACCCAUUUUUUCUCAUUGUAUUUAUUUGUCUUUUCAGUGUUGCACAGAUAAUGCUCUAAAGUCCAGGAAAGUAACCUUUGUAUAGUAAGCACUGGCGGAGCUGAGGGUGGGUCACGGGGGCACUGGACCACCCUUAAAAUCUGCCACUCCACAUAACUGACAUGACAGCAACUGCGCCAUCUUGCAACAUUGCAGUUGUUACAUGUAUGUUAGCACCCUCCAAUGGCCAAAGGUUCAUAUAACAGCUUGUGCUGUAGAUAAGAUAUUAUUUCCACAGCAUCUCAAUAAGCUUCAACUGGACUUUCUGCUCCCCCCAAAAAAGUUUACAAAUGUCUUACCCCUAUAAAAUGUCACAAU